GGAUCGUCAAGAACAUGCAGGGGAGCCAGUCGAGCACCUCCAACUUCCUCGAUUAUGUCCCUCAUCACCGACCAGACGCCCCUCCUCACCAGCGGCAACGGGCACGGCGAUGCACGGUCACUCCCGCGUCGUUUCGUUAAUAUCCUCAAGGCUGAGGGGGAGCCCUCCUGGCUUGCCUCGUACAAGUUUUUCAUUUUUGGUUCCUGGUGGAACAUCCUUCUGCUAUUUGUGCCACUCAGCUAUCUGUCGCAUACGUUAAAAUGGGAUGCUGCGCUGCGUUUCUGUUUUAGUUUUAUGGCAAUUAUGCCAUUGGCAGCACUCUUGGGCACCGCCACAGAUCAACUGUCCGUGAAGCUCGGACAGACUUUGUCCGGCCUAUUGAACGCCUCAUUUGGUAAUGCUGUCGAAAUCAUUGUCGGUAUAGCUGCUCUCUUGCAAGGUCAAUUGCGGAUUGUGCAGACAUCGAUGCUCGGAUCCAUUCUUUCCAAUCUCCUGCUCGUCCUUGGUUGCUCCUUCUUUGCCGGCGGCCUCAAAUCCACAGAAAACAUUUUUCAAGCCACUGCGGCUCAGGCAUCGAGUUCGCUCAUGACCCUUGCAUGCAUCACUCUCGUGAUUCCCGCUGCCUACCACAGCGCCAAGGUCCACGAUCUGUGCGAGCACAACGCGACCUCGAAUGCCACCUUCUCCUUGAACAACACGGUCAUCGACGGUUCAGACCUAGACGAAGGAGACGAAAACGGCUUGCUGUUCAUCUCGCGCGGCACUGCGCUGCUGCUUUUGUUUGUAUACGUCGGGUACUUAAUCUUCCAGUUGAAGACGCACCACGUCUUGUUUGAUGGAGAGCUUCAAGAAGAAGGGGAAGAGCCGAUGAUGAGCGUGCCCGCAGCUGGAUCUGCGUUGCUGCUGGUCACGGUUGUCACUUCGUUUUGUGCAGAUUACUUGGUUGCUUCAAUAGAGGAAACUGCAGACACGUAUCAUAUUCCGACGGCAUUCAUUGGUGUGAUCCUCCUGCCGAUCGUCGCAAAUGCAGCAGAACACGUUACUUCCGUAUGGAUGGCGCUGAAGAACAAGAUGGCGUUGUCGAUCGAAAUUUGUGUAGGGAGUUCAAUCCAAAUUUCCACAUUUGUCAUUCCGUUGCUCGUCAUAAUCGGUUGGAUAACGAAUCAUAAUCUGACGCUGUAUUUCUCCAACUUCGAGACCAUCGUCCUAUUUGUGUCUGUGCUUCUAGUUCAGUUCCUCGUGCAGGACGGCAAGUCGAACUAUAUGGAAGGCAUCAUGCUGUUAACCUUGUACUUGGUCAUUGCGAUGGCGUUCUGGGCGUCUUGAAGACCAAAAAAUUCUGAGGCUAACCGAAACUCACCUCUCUGCUUCCGCUCGCCACGAACGUUAUUUUCUCAGAUACCAUUUGCUGCCCCUUGACACCCCAUUCCCCAAAUUGUACCCAUACCGAGUCUCUGCGCAUGCGACUUCCGCAGCAUCUGCUGCCACUCUUUCACCGCACCGGGGCCCGCGCUCGGAUCAUUCCCUACUCUCUUUCAUUGUCCAGUUGACUGGACGGCGCGGUCUUAUGAUAGACUGUGCGCCUGCAGGAAGCCAACGACCUCUUGACUCUGCGAUGUUCGUCCUCGCAGGAGUCAAUGUAACCGGCUUGCUGUGGGUGCGGCCCGUUGAACUCGCUACUAUUUACGCCCUGGUGGCUCUUUCUCCUAGCUCAAUGAUGCUUGUGGGUGCAAUAUAUCAUUCCAUCGGACUUUUUUCAUU